CUGUUCCCAUAGAGAUCCGCCAUGUUGAGUUUCUGCGAGUAAGGAAAGAGAAUACAGACACAUUGAUAUUUAUUUACUGAAACCUUAUUAGAAAUGGUACGUACUGUCUUGAUAAAAAACUUCUGUUUGAAAAGUAGUCUAUAAAAGAUUCGUCUCUGUUUUGUCUUAGUCGAAGGGAACAACAAUCAAGGAUGCCUUGGCAAAAUGGGUAAGCUGUUGUAUUAGUUAAUUAGAUAUCAAUAGUAAUACACCCUAAACACCGAUGGUGAACGUGAAAUAGAAGGAUUUGCAGAAGUGUUAGAGCUGUUUUCUUCAUACAUACUUUGGGUAUUUAGUUUUGAAAACAGCAUAGUUUAUUGUUGUGUUUAGUUGUUAGGGUUGGUAUUAGUGACAAGAUUGAAAUCUGAAUUUCACUUACAGUAAGUUUACUUUGCACUUGCAAUUUACGUCUUUUAUGGUACGUGUUAGUGCUUAGUACUUAGUACGUGCUGGAGAACGAUUCCACUCACGACCAUAUACAGUUCUCUUAAUACAUAAAAAUGAAAAGUUCUUAUCACAGUUACAGGGAUUUUUUUUUUGAGUACCGGUAUUUCAAGUUCAUAGCACAGCAAGUUAGUGCCAUGGUACUCUGGCUGGGUAGAAAGUUCUGUUCAUUGCCCAAGUAUUUCCUAGAGAAAAUUGAGUAAGCUUAAAGCAAUGAUAGUAUCAGUUUAAAUAACUUUUAAGUUAUUAUAGUCAUUUCAAAUCAAAAAUAUGUUUGGAAAGUAGAUGUGAAGUCUCAAUGGUAGUUUGGCAUAAACUCAGUUACCCAAGCAUUUAAUUUUGUACUGCAUUUGUGAUAAACAGGAACAGAAACAUGAGAAAAAAGCAUCAGAAUCAGAUGAAGUCAAGCUAUAUGCACAGUAUCCUCCAAUAGAAAAGAUGGAUGCUUCCUUAUCUACUCUUACAAACUGUGUGUAAGUAUGCUUGUAUUCUAAAAUUAGUUUUAAACUUCAUAUGGAAGAUUUAUUAAGUUUUAUAAGAAAGUUUGGAUGCAACGUGUGCUGUCAUUGGUUGAAAGAGUGUGCUCUAUCAGAGUGAAAAGCAUAGAGCUGAGCUAAAGCUGUCAGGCCAUCUUCCAAAUUGUACUAUGUCCAACCUUUUCUGGGACCUCUCUCUAGUUUUUUUUGUUUAUUGAAAGUGAAAUUUUGGAACAAGUGAUCCAGUAAUUAGCAACAGAAGAAGCAAACAAAGUUUUGUAAACAUGCAAAGGGCGGUAAUUCACAUUAUUAUGAUGUGAGCAGAGACGAAAAUCCUCAAAGAGAAAACAAAAUAGACAGUUCAAGUUUUGGAGGUUUUCACACUCAGUUAGACUGGAAGCUUAGUACAGUAAUUAAAAUCAAACACAGCUAACACUUGCAUAGUAUAUAUAGUUUCGUGUUCAAAAACAAUACAGAUCAAAAUAGGAAUGAUGAAAAAUAUAUCCAAACUGGCACAACUCUUAAAAUUCAUACUAAUGAAUAACCAAUCACAUUAUUUGAACCAUUCUAACAAGGCUUCAGAUUGGCUUAUUGUAGCAUGCUUUGUUAGAGUAUGGAGCAUGCUGAUGACACUGUUGUUCACUUUGAAAAGAAAGUUUGUUUUGAAAAUUGAAAGUGAUACAAGGAGAAUUUAAAGGAUUCUUUACCAUAAAACAAAUAAAGAAGCCUUGACUGUGCUCUGUUCUGUUGUAAAGCAUGCAGGAAGCAGCUAGAGCACUCAAGAAAUGGAAAGAAACAUUUGACUACUUUAGAACAGAACAGAGAACAGUUAAGGCUUCUCUAUUUAUUAAAUUUAUCAGACAAAGGAACUACCGUAAUUUCCGGUUGUUUACCCAUGGGUAAUCUGUUGAUUUUGCAUUAAAUGCAUGCCACUGCGGGUAAUAGGGAGAUGCGGGUUAUGUGACAAUUUUAAAAUCUACUGGUAGUUGAAUUGAAAAAAAUUCUCACCUACAUGCAUUUCCACCUCUCAAAUGAAUUUUACUGUAGUAAGAGUGUCACAAAGCAGCACAAAAACAUGAUGCCGACUCAAGUUAAUUUCAUGCAAAAUUGGUUGCGCGACGAACAAAUUGUUAUCGGCACGCGUGAAAACAAAACCUUGAUGGUGAAAAAAAUAAUCCAAAGAUAUCUUGCGCAUCAAUAACAAAUCUCCAUUUAACACUAGCUAGAGCUGAAGAGAAUUUUCCCGUUUUAAGGGACUUGUUAGGCCCAAUAGAACUGGAGACAUCUAUUUUUUUCAGAAAUCGCAGACAGUGCUUUAUAAUUCAAGUAACUCACCCAGGUUCUUUCAACAAAUCAACAUGGCGCUGAACGAUCGCUCGUACAAAAUGUGGCCACAAAUUUGCAUUCUGUCAAGUAUGAAACAUUGAGAUUUGCACAUGGGCCGCUAGUGUUUUUACUGUAUAAUUUCAUGAAUAAAGUACAUGCUAAUAUUGACACAGAAUUGUGCACUUGUCUGAAUUUCUUUGACCUUUAAACUCGACAAAGAAGCUUUCAAGUUUUCGAAAGUUAGAUCAGACAACUUUUAAAAGACUGAAAUGUAUCACUUUAAUGUCAAGUUUUUGCCACCAAAAAGUUUAAUAACAUAACGUGUGGGUUAUCCAUCAGUGCAGGUAAUCUGUUGACUUUUUUUUUUGUCGUAUGCAAUAAUCGGCCGGUGUGGGUAAUCACCUGUGCAGGUAAACGGCUGGAAAUUAUGGUAACAUAGGAUAACAUUCAAGCCUAUGUUAAGCAGUCACCCACAAGGAAUAGCAGAGUGACCACAGAAUAGGGGUAUUUUUGAAAACAUAAAAAAAAAAUAGCCAGUUUUUGCUAUGUACAAAAACUCUCUUGGAAGAUAAAAAAUGGAUUAAGUUUUACUUGAAAGAUUAGUUUUAUAUGUGUGGUUUCACAUUGAGUAACCAUCCAGUACAGGUAGAGGACAAUUCAAAAAGGUGUUGGGACUCAGUAAAAGGUGGCCACAACACCUCAAUAGAGGUGACUGCUUAUUAUAGACUGAUGUGAAAAUUACAGUUACAAAAUUAAGGGGUAACAAUAUUGGGUCUUUGACAACAGACUGCUUAAUAAAUGGUGACCACUUAAUACAGUGCUGCUCAAUGCAGGUUUGACUGUGCUUGGGCAAAGGACGAUUCACUUUAAAUUACAUGUACAUAUACAUUGCCUAUUGUGUUGGUAAUUUGAGACCAUGCAGUAUGCCCUUUGCUUGGUCCUAAUUUGCUCAGCUUUUGGUGCUCUUGUACAGGUUUGAUUUUCAGCGCAAUCAUUUCACUUAAAAUAGCUAUGUGUAUUUAAGUGUUACACACAAAUGUAGAAACAUUAUCUUAUUCCAUCAUUAGCUGAAGGCUUUUAAUUUAAUUUUUAACUACUGGUUCGCAAUUACUUUAGUAUAUGUAAGCUGUCACUGUCAUAUGCAAAUAAUACAUCAACUCCAAUUCUAAUCACAGUGAACAUUUGAUCACCUCACAGGAAACUGUCCUUAUCCACAAACUGCAUUGAAAAAAUUGCCAACCUUAAUGGUUUACGUAAGUUUAUAGGCAAAUGUUUUGCUUUCCUAUCCCAUAAUGUUCAUGUUGAUCAUUGUUUUAAAUGUUAAAUUGUUGUAUUUUGAUGCAGCUUUUAUACAUUUAAGUAAUUACAGUUCUUUGAUAUUGGCCAUAUAUUGAGAAAUGAAAGAGUUAUUCUGCAGCAGAGUGUCUGAUAGGACGCAGGAAAAAUUUUGAAAACUAUGUACGAAAAAAAAUCUCUUGUAACUUCCAAGAAAAGUUUCAUGUUAUAUACUAUUUAUCAUAUGUUCAUGCUUGGUAAUUGGAAGUAUCAAGGGAUAUGUUGGCCAAGCUCAGAUCUAACCUUCUUUCAUCUGUUUGUGGUAUUUGUUCACUUUGUUCUGUGGUCAUACAAACUAUACAAUAUUCUGAGGGAGCUUUCUAGACACUGUAUUUUGAAAACCUUCAGAAAUACAGUGAAUACUCUGAACUUAUUAAGUCAUGCAUGAAAAUGACUAGACACCAAAUGAACUCAACUUAUUUUGAAUGUUAGGAUUGCUGUAGUGUUGAUAUCAACAUUGAUUAAUUAACCUUGAGAAACACUCAAUUGUUUUAGUCAAUUUUUUUCUCUCUAUUCAUCUAUCUUACUAAUAAAGAUUAGGUAAAUUUUAGACAAACUGACUCUAAUAAGGAGCAAAUUACCCUAACUUUUUCAUGGAAUGAUCUGAUCUUGGACUGCAGAUACCCUUGAUUAUUUUUCGAGGUGGAAUUUUUUGUGUCCUUUCCUCUGUGUGCAAAGCUUUGUCUUUAACAUGUAUGUGCCAAAAAUGCACUUUUAUGUCAAAAGACAGGCUGUUUGUCUGGUUUAUAAUUGAAUGAUUAUACAUGUUUUAUGUAACAUUGAGAAAAGUUAAGAGAUUUACCAGCUCUGCUUUACAGUGCCAAAGCUGAAUAACUAUUAAGCUUGUGUGGGUUUGUAUAAAAGAUAUGGGAGGUUGCACCAAGGCAUAGUAGCUGAAUUUUUGUUGAUGACUGCAAGCUAGAUGUUUCCUCUUAAACUAAUUAUGAAAUAAUCAAAUAUCAGUUUACCUCAUUUAUUUCUUUAUAGGGAAUCUGAAAAUUCUGUCACUGGGAAGAAAUAACAUAAAAAAUCUUAAUGGCUUGGUAAGUGAACUGAAGCAACACCCUUUUUUUUUGGGCCGAUUGAGUAGUACUUGUUAUGUUUUUCCUCUAUAAACUUUGUCAAGUAUUUUAUGAUGUGUGAGUUUCCUUGUCUUUAUUUGUGUUUUUUCAUCUGACUUUGCCUUUCUUACUCAUCUAACCCAUAAGCAGCUUAAGCUUACUUCCCACUUUGGCUGGUGUCUUUCUGGAAGAAAUUUGUACAUGUGCCAGAUUCACUAAAAUCCUAGCAAACUAUAUAUCAGAAGAAAGCUUAAAAAAUGCAGUUUACAAUAAAAAUAUAAUUUAAGCAACUUUUCCUUUAAGGAAGUGUCAGGAGCUGGUAAGACGUGAAAUGACCAAAGAUUCUUAAUUGGAUUUAUUGGGUAUCAGAUGCUGCAGCAUAAGCAAAAUGGAUGCACAGUCUUAUUCAAAAGGCAUCAAUCAACAAAAGUGUGUCAGGCUUUUUUGAUGGUCUGAUUGGUUGUGUAGAUAUCGCCAUCUAAAGUUGGAGUAGCUAAAAAUAUGCAAGUCAUGUUGCGCAAAUGGACCCCGUGGGACAAAUAUUUCAAAUAUCAAAAUUUCCCAACACACUUUCAUUUGUCCUAAUUCCUAGGAUAUUUUGGCAAACUUUUACAAAAAUCUCUCAAAUCUAUAAAUUAUACUCUGUUAAUUCGCUCAAAGUAGUUGUAUUCCUCCCAAAAUCAAAUGCAAGAUUUGAGCUCAUGAAGCUUGUGCCAUGCCAGGAGACUAUCUCACCUCCUGAAACCUCAAACCAAUAAGACAAUGGGACCUCCUGGUGUCAAUGAUGAUGGAUCAAGAUUUCUCAGGAAAAGUAAUCCAUUGCAGUUAUGUUUUCUUUUUAUCAUGAUGGCUUAGUGGAGUAUUGAGGAGAAUGGCACAAUGAUGACCAUCAUGUAUGGCAAAUCCUUGAAACAUUGAGCAAAUUGAAAGAAACCAUUUUACUAUAAUUGUUUUCUUGUGAUUUUCCAUGAGUUCCCAGGUGUAAGAGAUGUACUCUUUGGGGUUUGAAAUCCUAGGGCUUGCUACAGUACAUGUACAGUUGUACUCUAACUCAAACUCCAAGUUAGUGGGGAGUAUGAGUUAACAAAGUUCAAGUUAGCUGAGUUCUACAACUGUAGUUAUUUGUGGUUAUUGUUUUCAUAGGAAGCUGUAGCAGAGACUCUUGAAGAACUCUGGAUAUCCUACAAUAACAUUGAGAAGUUAAAGGGCAUUGGUGUACUUAAAAAACUGAAGGUAAUGAUAUCAUUUACACUAACUUACUUGUGUUUCUGCAUGAUUAACCAAGACUGAGGUCAAGAUGGUAUUUUCUUGGCUUGAGAUGAAUUAAUGAGGGCCAUAAAUGUGGCUGAAAUUCAGCCAUCUUGAUCUUAAACUUGGUUCAUAACAGACUUGUCAUUAUUAUGCUAAAAUAAAGUAACUUCCUGGAAGAACUAAGUAGGGGAGUAAGGCUCAAAUACCCAAUCAGAAUGCAGGAUUUGUUUCAUCAUGCUCUCUUGCUGUGGUAUUUAUAUUUAGAUAAUUAAGUUACAUGUGCAUGUAUGCGUACCACAAUGUUGAGAUUUAGUCACAAGCUUAAUGGAAAUUAAGUUGCCUGCUUUUGAAGAAAGUUUAGCAUAUUCAGACAGUAGAACUUCCCAAUUAUCAUGACUGUGAUUUUACAGUAACUGAAGAUUUUGCACCUUACCCUAAAUAGCCAGUAAUCUUUUUAAAGAAAAUGCACUGAAGGAAAGUGGAGGAUGGAAAGUCUUCUUGUUCAGGGAUCAACUGUUGAUCCACUGUUUUUGCCUCCAAUAUGAGGCCACAUGUGUUGUCAGGAUCAGUGAGUGAGUGAGUGUAUGAUGGCAAAAAUAGAAUUCAGAUCUCAUUCUCAUUGCUACUUAUUGUUUGUUUUAGUUCUGCAAAAGACCAAUAAACAUUUCACAAUAAUUUCAGGAUGGCACGUGAAAAAACAAAGCUUUUGCCUACAAGAAUGUUGUAAAUGUUGUGAUCGGUGCAUCAUGAAAACUUAGAGGAAAAAUUUUUCUUUGUAGAGAGAGCAUUUUAUCAUUUGAAUCAGCAAAUUAUGCUAAGUAGAUACUUUGCAUAUUUGCUAAUUUGCUUUGAUACGUAGUGUUUUCAGUUCAUGCCAUGACACUACAAAAAAUGUUAAACAUCUCAAAAUAAUUUCUCAGGGGUGUCUCUGACAUGUAACUGAAAAGAAGACUUUUCCUUACAGAAAUAUCUUAAUAGGUUUGAUCUGCACAUGGAAGAAAAGAGAGAGUAUUUUAUCCUUUCAAUCAGCAAUUAAUGCCCAAAAGAGCUGCUUGAUUUGCAAAGCAAGCAAAGUCAAAAAUAUGAUAACCUGAGCUCUAUCCGACAAAAGAUGGAAUGGUGGAAAGGGAAAAUAGCCAAAUGUUCUAUAAUGCAGAAUGCCUUGUUGUAUAAAAAAUAAUUGAUGAUUAGCAAGCAGAAUUAAGAGAAGCAUAAUUUAAUUAUCAUUGAAGCCUGGAGCAGAGAUCAACAGAGGAACAGUGAGGUUCUUGAACUAGCCCAAUAAAUUCCCAUUACCACUACCACUGUUAUCAUUUUUAUCAUCAUCAUCAUCAUCAUUAUUAUUAUUAUUAUUAAUAUCAUUAUCAUUAUUAUAUGAAUAUAUUUUACCAUAUAAUUACAUAUGUUCAGGAAUAAUAUUGGUUGAGUGUCAGUCACUAUAAUCUUGAAUCAUCUUUCUCUUGUAGAACAGGGCACUUAAAAAUAUGUGGGAUGCAGCAACAUUACCUUGCAUUAUUAUACAACCUCUAUUUCAUUUCAAUGCUAUAAAGAUUGUGCUUUAUCAGUAGCCACAUACAGUAUCAGAUUGCCUAUUUUUGAUAUUUAUGUGGAGCUUUAUUUGUCUUUUUUCUAUGGUCAAGGUUCUGUACAUGUCAAACAACCAAGUUAAGACAUGGGAUGAAUUUCAGAAACUGGUAAGCUUUCAGAAUUUUUACAGAAUUUUUCCUCUCCCAAGAUCUUAUUAAUAAUUCUCCUUACAACAGCUGUUGCUUUUGACCAGCUGUUAUGCAAACAUCUAUGAAAAAAAUUGUGAAUGUUCUUCAGUAAGAGAUAUAUAAAACAAUGAAAUUAUUCUUUAACUUUACCUUCUACUAAACAGACUUGUUCAUUUUACACAAUUUCAGUUCUUUUUGUCUUAUUUUAUUUCAUUUGUUGAAUUGGAAGAGAUUUUCCUCCAUUCUGUGAUUUGCUUGCUUUUACUUUCUGUUUUUUUAUUAUGAGUAAGUAGCCUUGUGACUCUUUGGAAAGAUCAGUCAGUAAAUUUUCCCGUAAUUUGUUAUAUAAACAAUAGCCUCUAUUUGGUGUAAGAAAUGCCCAUGCAUAUUUGUCUUUGGAUAUUAUCUGUUCCAAGAUGCAAAAGUUUUCAAAGAGCAAAGCUAAAGAAAAUUGAGGCACAGAUGACAACCAAUGACAAAUGUGCGAUUAUAUUUUUCUGCAAAAUAGAGGGUGUUGUGUUUAUUAUCUUUCAAAUAGAAACAUUGUUUACCAAUAACUUACUGUUUGCUGCAGUGGGUGUUUUCUUGUGAGUGUUCUCUGGUGUAAUUUUUUGAACAAACAAGUACUUCCCCUCUUCUGUAACAACCAUAAAAACUUCUCUUCUUCUGCAACAACCAUGAAAAGCUUCUCAUCGUAAAUGAAAUUAUAAAAAAAGACUUACCAUAGGCGACAUAACAUAUGAAAGUUGUGGAAUAUUACUUGAGUGUAUACUUGGAUAUGCCUCAGCUUUAGCUGGGGAAUGUUAGCACAAGCUAGUAAAUGUUGAUUGCAAGCAAAAAUAUUUGAUGACAAAUAAUGGCCGUUAGUCCUGUAACCAAAAUAAAGCCAUGUGAUAUUUACAAUCAUGUAAUCUAGCGAUAAGAUAUUCUCUUGAUAUACCCUGUAACAUUUCAAUUCUAAGGACUGUAUCUGUGGUUUUGCAGCUACAUGUAAUUGCUUUUGUGACAAUUAAUUUCUGGAUCUUUGACUGAAAGGGAUAAUAGAUUUCAAAUGGCAUGAACAUCUUUUCUUCUUUUUUUUAGGUUGAUCUUCCACUGUUAGAAGAUUUGUUGUUUGUUGGUAAGGGUUUAUUCUUUGAAUACUAGUUACUGUGUGCAAAUUCCUAAAUUCUUGAAAAUAUUAUAAGAAUUUUACCAAUAACUUCCUACAUGUAGAUUUGUUCGUUCAUCAUAGGUAAUCCUCUGGAAGAGAAACAUUCCAAUGAUGGGGAUUGGAGGGACCUUGCUACUAAGAGAUUGUCAAAGCUGAAAAAGUUGGAUGGUGAGAAGUUUUUUUCUCCAUAUUUGUCAUCUGUGACACUAUUUAGCAGUCAUUAGUGGGCGUGGUUGAAUAAACAUGAAUGAGUUGAUGCUUUCACCCCAAGAUCUCAAUAAUAAUUCUCCUUACUGUCUUCCAUACAAUUCUUAUUGCAAUAGUUUAGAGAAUUUGGUAUUGGAUCAACUAAUAUUCUCCUAAUUGUAAUGUUAUUAUAAGAAGAUAUGUUGAUUUUUAACUCGUGGAUACGCGAUAGCGUAGCAACGAGUUGUUGUGGGCACUUUGAGAUAUGCAAAUUGGCGUGGACCCUUCGUAAUUGGUCGUAAUUGGUAGGCUCCGAAGUCGAGAUCAAUCUUUCCGAAGAAGUUUGAAGUCCUGAUGCCAUUGUGAUUGGAUCGGUCGUUGCGAUGUUUGUUGUCUUUAAACGGCUGUUUCGACAUUUACUAAAUUGAAAUGGACUUCGAAUGUUUCAGAUUAGUGGUAUGAUCAACUUAGAGACCAAAUUUGAAGGGUCUUCGAAUCGUUCAUGUGCUAAACAUUACGAGGACCAGUGAGAAUCACGAAGAGUUUGUGAGUGACAGAGUAAGCUGUUGACAUGGAUAUUCCCACGGAAACAUGUACCCAUGACAAAAAAAAAUUGUUAAAGUAGGGCAUUAUUUCUUUCGUAUCAGGGUUUUUUUUGGGACGUUUUGGCAGGUACACCAAUUUCGGUCUUUUCGUUAUGGUCGUUUCGUUUUGUUGUUUUGCUAUGCAAACGUGACUUUUCUGGUGGUAAAAAUGAAGUAUGAUCGGUUUCUACAAGUCGUCGCCGAGCACGUGACCAUAAUCUGGCCGGUGUUGUUUUGAUCACUUGACGAUCUUUUUCGCUCAAAACACACGACGAUUUCUAUUUCGAGGAAUGCUUUUCCAAUUAAUCGCUAUCGCAUCCGUGUAAAAAAUUACAAGCAUAUGCGUGUACUGAAAAACAAAAGGGAAAUUCAAAACUACGAGAAAUUGCAAAUAAUCGGCCUCUUCUGAUACACGCGGGUUUUUUGGUGUAACAUGCGUGUGUUUCCCAUAAGUUACAAGCACUUUACGCGCCUGGGAAUGCUGCAAUCACGGUAUUUGCAGUGCAAGGUAGAAUGGUUAUUGUCAACCUGGAGUGAUUAUGUGCGAUAUUUUGCUUCAUCACUCUUUGCCAUUUCUACUUCCUAAAUAUUAAUUUAGAGAAGAGGGUGGGGGGGUGAGGGUUAAAAUUCCUAGAGAUAGGUUAUCAAUGUGCCCCUGGGUAUGGUCGCAUUUUCACGACUACAUUGACUUUUAUGGCGUUGUAUUUUCACUGUAUAUUAUAACUCAUUUUUGUUGCUGUUUAGGAGUUCCUGUGGUCAGACAAGAAGAGGAAGAAGAAGAAGAACCAGCCUAAAAGUCGUGAAUAAUUUGCAACAGAACGCUGCGUGAUAAACUCAGAGUUAUUUGUAACUAAAUAUAUCAUAUGGUUAUACACAUGUCAAUAUGUUCAGCAUGUUGUACAGAAUACAGUACAUGUAUUUCUUUAAUUCAUUCGUAUUUUUAAUUAUUUUUUUCUGCCGUUAUAAUAUCUAAGUCAUUAAGACCUCUGUUGAAACACUAUUUUGUGUUUUUAGUCAAUAUAAUACAUAGUUGCAAUACCUAUUGAAUUUAACGAAAGCCCCCCUUUUUAAAACCAUUGCAUUAUUUUCCCGUUGCAUUUUUUAUGUCAAAUCCUUGGGUUUUGAAAAGUAGAAACUAGCCAUAAGUCUAAAUCCGCCAUCACCUGCGGUAGAAACUCAUCAAUGCCAUCCUUGAUAUGUGCACAUCAAGGGCGAGAUUAUCCAGAAAAAGACACGGAGCAAACAAAUGAACUUGUAAGGAGAAAGCUAAACGAAACAACUCAAAAUACAAAGAGAACUCUGGUUUUCCUACUCUUGAAUUUGUUUUAAUCUAGAUGGAGGUGUCCAACGGCCCCAUUCUAAUCUCCUUGGGAAAGUAUUAAAGACUCCUAUAUUUUUGGAGCUUUUCAAAAAGCUCGGUUUACUUUCAAUCGACGCAAAUCUCGAUUUAUUGUUUAACCCAGUAGUUAUACUUUGUACGGAGGAGGAAAAGCUGAAAUUGUGGAAAGCUAUCCUUUGACACUCCACAUUGUUUUGUAAUGUCACGUUCCCCUUCCUAUGAAGGCAAAAAACUAACUUUUGCGAUUUUGCAGACUUAACUUUUAACAUAGAAAACCCUAUUACUUACACAGCUUAAAGCACUGCUUUUACAUAUUUAAAGCCUAUUUCAGAUUUCCCUUUUUCAUAGGAAACGAAGAGGCCGUCUAAUUUUGUGCCUUAUAAUAGCAGCAUGUCCGCUUAUGCUGCGAAUUACGAACUCAGUCAAUGGUAGGAAUGUAUCUUUUAUUGCCACGAGACUAGACUAAAUGAUGUCUGUCUCGCAUGAUUGAAAAAGAGAUUCUUUGCGUAUCUUUAGUUGUUGAUUUCAUUUGGAAGAAUAUGUCAUCUAUUAAUCUCGCAUUCCGUGAAUGAUAGUGGUUCAAAUUUUUGGGAAGCUCAAAAUUGAAGAGGGUCAUGAUCUAAGGUUUGAUAUUACGUAAGAAUAGAAUGUGAUCAUUUUCCUGUGAACAGGUGACUGUGAUGAGGUUUAAAUGGAAGGCCACCUAGGGCCGUGUCAUGCACCGAUGGAGAAGUUUGUUAUUACAUAAUAGAAUGUAAUCAUUUUCCUGUUCAUUGCAAUGAAUGACUCGAAGAUUAGACACGAAAUGUCUUUUAAACUAUCUUACGCUUCUUGAAUUGUGUGAGGUUUAAAAUAUUUUACAGAGACUAUAACUUAAAAACAGGUGAGAACUUUAAAAUAAUUUCGUGUCACUCAAUUAACUCCAUCUUCUUUCCGACAAAGGUCUCUAGAUAAGUCACAGAGGCUUAAACUGUGUUGCAAGUUGUCACAGAUAUUAGCGGCUACCGAAACAACUGGGCUUAUCUUGACUGGGCGAGAAAUCUUAUCAACAAUCUCACUAUUGCAUUCGCAACG